GCUUCCAGAGCUAAGGGUCUGUGUCUGAGGUUCCUUAGUGAAAUUUGCAGUUGGUUACGGAAAUGGUCUGGGGCUGAGACACCUGGCCAUGAGGUCGGGGACCUCAGAAGGAGGGGACCCCAAGAAGAAACAGCAGAGCAGUGAUGAGGAGAGCAGCCUCCCAUGAGGCCUCUCGGGCUUCGGGCUCACCACCCUGUCUGGGAACUCUGCUGGUGGCCGGGCACCCAGCGCCCCACAGCCAGAGGCAAGGGCCGGUUACAAUGCUCCCCUCUCCCUGCCCCUCACUCAUGCUUCUUAAUCCCUUUGGAAUCGAAUCCCAGGGGAAACAGCCACUUCUCUUCCAACAACUAAAAAAAACCCACCAAGUUCAGAUCUGUCAACAUAUCCUUCUUGAGUGCCUAUUGUAUACCAGAAACACAAUGUCAUUCAUUCAUUUCUUCAGCAAAAUUGAGUGCAAUGAACAAAACCUCUGCCCCCACAGAGUAUGCAGGGCUAUUUGAAGGACUUCUACAUACAUACAUCAUGUAAGCUUAAAGGGGGUGGGACCAUUAUGCCCAGUUUUACAGGUGAGGACACUGAGGCACACACAGGUCAAGUCACCUGCCCAUGACAACACAGCAAAAUGGGGGGCUGGACACUCGGCCUCUCUCUUGACUCUAACCCUGUCGGGAGGGGGUAAUGUGAUGGUUGUGUGGGUGGGUUUAGUUGAAGAAGGGUCAGUCCUCCAGGUAUAGGGCCUAUGCCACUCCCUUCCCAACUGGGCUAAAAUUCUGGAAUCAGAGUGACACGGAGCCUUCAGGGAGGUUAAAGGGCAAAGGUCUGCCCUAGAAUAGGGUGCCCGUCUUUCCAGACACAUUUAUCCCUUACCUCUCUGUGCCUCAGUUUCCUCAUCUGCAAAUAGGCACAGCCACACCAGCCCCAGGGAAAACUGUGUGCCACGGCAGAUGUACAAGAGCUUGAUAAAUGGCCCUUCUCCUUCUGGGGCUGAACCCCGUCUCCGCCUCCCUCCAGGACCAGCAUUGCGAGAGCCUGUCCCUGGCCAGCAACAUCUCAGGACUGCAGUGCAACGCAUCCGUGGACCUCAUUGGCACCUGCUGGCCCCGCAGCCCUGCGGGGCAGCUAGUUGUUCGGCCCUGCCCUGCCUUUUUCUAUGGUGUCCGCUACAACACCACAAACAAUGGCUACCGGGAGUGCCUGGCCAAUGGCAGCUGGGCCGCCCGCGUGAAUUACUCCGAGUGCCAGGAGAUCCUCAAUGAGGAGAAAAAAAGCAAGGUGCACUACCAUGUCGCAGUCAUCAUCAACUACCUGGGCCACUGUAUCUCCCUGGUGGCCCUCCUGGUGGCCUUUGUCCUCUUCCUGCGGCUCAGGAGCAUCCGGUGCCUGCGAAACAUCAUCCACUGGAACCUCAUCUCCGCCUUCAUCCUGCGCAACGCCACCUGGUUCGUGGUGCAGCUAACCAUGAGCCCUGAGGUCCACCAGAGCAACGUGGUCUGGUGCAGGUUGGUGACCGCCGCCUACAACUACUUCCAUGUGACCAACUUCUUCUGGAUGUUCGGUGAGGGCUGCUACCUGCACACAGCCAUCGUGCUCACCUACUCCACCGACCGGCUGCGCAAGUGGAUGUUCAUCUGCAUCGGCUGGGGUGUGCCCUUCCCCAUCAUUGUGGCCUGGGCCAUUGGGAAGCUGUACUACGACAAUGAGAAGUGCUGGUUUGGCAAAAGGCCUGGGGUGUACACCGACUAUAUCUACCAGGGCCCCAUGAUCCUGGUCCUGCUGAUCAAUUUCAUCUUCCUUUUCAAUAUCGUCCGCAUCCUCAUGACCAAGCUCCGGGCAUCCACCACGUCUGAGACCAUUCAGUACAGGAAGGCUGUGAAAGCCACUCUGGUGCUGCUGCCCCUCCUGGGCAUCACCUACAUGCUGUUCUUCGUCAAUCCCGGGGAGGAUGAGGUCUCCCGGGUCGUCUUCAUCUACUUCAACUCCUUCCUGGAAUCCUUCCAGGGCUUCUUUGUGUCUGUGUUCUACUGUUUCCUCAACAGUGAGGUCCGCUCUGCCAUCCGGAAGAGAUGGCACCGGUGGCAGGACAAGCACUCGAUCCGUGCCCGAGUGGCCCGCGCCAUGUCCAUCCCCACCUCCCCCACCCGUGUCAGCUUUCACAGCAUCAAGCAGUCCACAGCAGUCUGAGCUGGCAGGUCAUGGAGCAGCCCCCAAAGAGCUGUGUCUGGGGGGAUGAUGGCCAGGCUCCCUGACCACCCUGCCUGUGGACGCGACCUGUUAGGUCUCAUGCCCACUCCCCCAGGAGCAGCUGGCACUGACAGCCUGGGGGGCCACUCUCCCCCUGCAGCUGUGCAGGACUGUAGCUCAUGAGUGGAAAGUCAUCUACAGGACUGGGCCAGUCCCGGGCCCUCUGGCUUCCCUGCCCAGUCCUCCGUGGAGAAGGGACGUGGAAAUGAAUGGAAAUGGGCUGCUAGACACCCACAGCAGCACGCGCGUCCCUCCAAGGCUGUCUUCUCCCAGAGCACAAGAAGUCCAGCCCACUGGGACCUGGGGCUGCCCUCGGCAACUGUGGGGAGGCCGUUUGCUGCCCCGGGGCAUCACGGGCAACUCGUGACAGCCUCUGACUCACCACGAUGACGCCUCUGGACCUCGGUGAUGCCUUCCGACACCACUGGGAACCAAGGGCCCUCGCUCAGGAACCCUGGAGACAGAAGUCAGGUGUCAUCGUUAGAUGUGUGGCCACAGCACUAGAGUCACCCCCCAGGCCUCCAGAACCUCAUUGACACUGUGGCACUGCCACCAGCAAUGCCCUGCCUCGCUGCCUUCAUCCUGAACACUUACUACCCUGCAGGCCAGGCCAGCUUCCCCUCACUUAACCACAGGCAGUACCCUCACCCCACACCAGUCACCUCCUGCCCCUUUUCCUCUUUUGUGAGAAGAGGGGGCUGGAGGGGGCAGAGUGGCCUGUGAGCAAGAGCCAGGGGUGUCCCAGCCCCGGCCUCUGGGGCAGAGCUUGUAGCCCCGGAUGGCCUCUGGGGCAGGACCACUAGCUAAACAAGCCAGGAGAAGGCUCCUGCCCAAGUGGCUCUUGGGACAACAUGCUGCUUACACUCUAGGUGUGGACUGGCUACAGCCCCCACUGACCUGCCCAUGUCCAGAGGGACUGGACAGCCAGAGCAGGGCUUUGGGGGGCACUAGAAGAUGAGGGUAUCGGCUGUGAGGCGGGUGGCUGGUAUAAAUAAUAAUAUUUAUCUUUUCAACCAGCAUUUGUGAAGGCCUGGACUCCACAGGGGGCUGGAUGGAGAGGGUGUCUCACAGAAGUGGGAGCCAUUUCCCAGCUUUCAGGGGCUGCUGUGUUGCUGGGAAACCUGACCCCACUCUCACCCCGGCAAGGAUGGUGCCAGGAGAGCCCCCGAGGGCCAGGAGAGGGGUGAGGGCAGAAGGGAGGGCUUCGAGGAACAGGUGGAUCUGGCCAGGGCCCCCUUAGUUAGGGACAGCUUGUUGUGAGGAGGUCAAGUAGAGGGAGAGGAGGACCAGGGUUAAGGAUGCAGAGGAGGGACACCAUGGGUCAGGGGAAGGAACAAAGGAGACAGGAGUGUGUCCCAGCCCUGGGCAGGAGCUGAGCUGAGGAAUGGGAAGCAGAAUUAGGGUGCUGGGCCACCGGACAGGCCAGAAAUGCAGCUAUCUCCGCUUGGGCACCACAAGAGACCAUCCCUGAGACCCUGAGGUUUCUUGUGCAAACUCGAGGGAAGGGGAGUACAGAGAGGGCAACAGGGAGUAAAGCCAGGCAAGGAAGGCAGGGGAAAGCGGGGAGGCUAGAGAGGGACACAGUAGCCUGUGAGCAAGAGAGGUAUGUCCCAGCCCUGGCCAGUGCUGCUCUGAUGUGGGCAGCACGCUCUUGGGCUCCCCUGCCUGCUGGCUUCAGUGCCCCCAACUCUGAGCUGGAGCUUGUAGCCCUGGGUGGCCUCUGGGGCAGGACCAACAUUCCAACACUGUUGCGGGUGCCUGGAGCUCCCUUCCGCUGGGGAAGCCCUCCCUCAUCCCACCCAACAGGUGAGGGAGCUGGGGUAUUUAUCCACCAUCUCCCAUCAGCUGUGGGUUGAGGGCUGCUCCCAGGGGGACAUGAACUCUUCUGCAUUCCCACAUCAGGCUACAGAGGGCCAGAGCGAGUUCUCAGGCACAGAAACGCGCAGGUGGGUGGAAGCCAGUGUGUGCUGCAUUGGAGGGGCAGGGGGUGUGGGUGGAACACCAGAACUCGACACAGGGCCCCACUGAAGCCCGGGCCUUGUCUCUGGGUCUCUCUAACCAGGGAGGAGAGCCCAUGGGUGGGGCGUAUGUAUGCACAUGUGCACUUGUGCACCCAGGCGCACACAAGAGCUUGCAGCGUCAGGACACCAGGAACAGACAAAGUCAACGCAGUGCCAGGAGCCCCGCGGCACCUGCUGAGGGAGGGCAGGUUUCACUGGGAAGGGCCUGGGCUCGGGGGUAGCUAAGGAUAUCCUUGAAGGCCCUGUGGGGUACUCUGCUUUGCCAAUUCUCCAAGCUCUGUGCCCUGAAGUAGAGAGAUGGGGUGGAGGACCCAGGGAGCACCAUGACAGAGGCAGGCUGGAGGCUUCCAGAGCAACUUGAGGGUAUUGUGGGAAGUGGAGAGAAGCCAAGUAAAGGGUCCUGGCUGCCUGGAGAGACCAGAAGUGACCUGAGUCUCUAAUGGCCACAACGGAGAUGGCUUUCCCAAAUCUGCCUCUCACCCAGUGAAGGCAGAGACAUGAGAAGGCAAGGCUUUCCCGAGACAGUGCCGGCGGGGAUGGGAUGGGGGGCACACCCCAGGGGUGGAGGAGCUGAGAGGGUGGGGGUGGGGGGGAGACAGGGAAGGGAUGGUACAGACCAGGAAGUGUGCGUAAGCGCAGCCUGGCCGCACCCCGCUUUCCUGCGUGGGCUUCCUGGCAGCUCUCACUGCCAGGCACCUUCUGGGCACCUACUGUGUGCUUAGCACUGUGCUAGGCCUUGGGUGAGAGGGAGAUGAGCAGCCACCCCAGGGGGGCCCCCUGGUACCCCAAAAAAUACAAAGCUCAGAGCCUCUGGCUCUGGAAGGCCACCAAGAGGACAGCUCCAAGACAAGUCUGGGGGUCAUCCGAGAAGCUGGAGGCGGAAUCCCUGGGCAGGCAGAUGGAGCCUGGGGCUCCCCUCCCAUUCUGAGGGUGGAGGGGCUGCUUCAGGGCACAGCCAGAGACAUCUGAGCCUCAGCACCUGCAGCCCAGAGGCCCAGAGUGUUCUGUGUCCCGUGGCAGACGUGCGCUCUGGGCUUCGGCGCAGACAAGGCGUCCCUGAGGCCGGGCAUCUGGGCCAUUCUGCUCCGGUUCGGCUUGGGGUGGCGAGGCCCCUGUGGGAGUGAGUGGGGUAUGAUGAGCCGAAAAACACACAUGCGACUACACAGAGUUGGGGGAGCUACUGGGGGCCCUCCAAGCUGCAGUGGUGGGGGAGGGUCACUGGAGACCCUCCAAGACCCGAAAGACCUCAUGCCUAGAAGAAUUUCUCUCCACACCAUGCCCAAAGGCUGCGGUCCCCUAAUGCUACCCCCACCUAAGCCCAUUUCUCCUUGACAUCCUCCUUCAUGGGCACAGAACAGCAGUGGAGGCAAAACCCCACUGUUUUUCCAGUUCAGGCCACCCCCUCCCCGUCCCUUAGUGUGACAGCACAGCCCCUGCCCAGAGGUCCUCAGCUUCACCUCCAGGCCUCCUUCUCUAGCCCCCUGCUACUGAUGGCUCAGCUGUCCUGGGACCAGGACUGGGAGGGGAGUCAGACUGGGAAAACCAUGUGUUAGCGGGUGAGGUGGGUUUUGAAUCCAUAGACUAAUACUUUCAUUGUGGGUAUUGUAGAUUACUUUGCCAUCCACAAAUGUCCUUAUAACAUUUGUCUUCUAAUCCUCCACUAGCCCACAGAGGUAGUAACCCGCCUGUUUUGCAGCCAGGGAAACUGAGGCCUGGUAGCUCCCCUGAGGUUGAAGGUCUGGUUCCAAGUCUAAGGCUUUUUUCACCCCUCAGUGACCUGAAGUCUUUGGGGCUUGGGUUCUGGGAGGCCAGAGCCAAUAAAGAGCUCUGUGGCAAGAGGGCAGCAAGGAGGCCUCAGGGUCUCGGACUGAUCUGGGACGUGCCCCACGUGAAGAUGGGACAUUCCCAAAGAUGGCCCCACCAGUGUCCAGCCACCGAGCCCAGCUGGGUGGAAGCAAAAAGAGUUCUGUGGAUCCAGCAUCUCCUUCCCCAGCUUCCUGACAUCCUCCACACCCCCACUCCUUAAAAUGAUACUUCAUUUCAAACAGUGCGGCCGGGGCCACCAUCAACCACAGUGGGCCUCCCUACACACCAGUCAGGGAGUGUGCCACUGGCCUCCAGCCCAGGGGUAUCUCAGAGCCACCUCAUCCAAACUGCCAACUGACUUCAAACUCAGCUGCCCACACUUGCUUCAAACCGAGGGGAAUGCUUUCUACAAUUUGCUAACAGCCACACUGAUCAUUAUUGAUUGUUUACUGGGCAUCAGGUGCUGCUUAGCCCCUCAUAUGUUUAUCCCAUUGACUCUUUACACUGCCCUAUGAGCCAGGGACUGUUACCUCUGUUUAACAGAUAAGGUAAAUAAAGCCCAGAGAGGUUAAGAUACUUGCCUGAUGGCACCCACGGAUGGAUGAAAAGCCAGGGGAGGCCACACUAGGCCUCCAUGAAGCUUAACCCCUAUGCAGUGGGAGUUCUUAGUAAGGCUGUCCUCCCAGCCCCACUGCCCCUUCCAAUCCCCUCCCCAGGGAAAUCCUUCCAUCCCCUGUCUGUGGUCAAACAGCAUUCAGAGAUGAGCUAGCUGAAGGAACUGGAGCCUGCAGAGCGUGGGCCUCGGGCAGCCCACUCCCCAAAUCGGGCCUCCAAGCCAGUUCCAGCUGCCAGUCUCCCGUCCCCAGCCCCAUCCCAGCUCUACCUCGGAGCAUCACCUCCCACCCUUGCCCUCAGCUCACCAGCCCCUGCAGGUCCUGCUGGCAGACCAGGCUCAAGAGAGACCUGGGCUGUAUAUAUUUAUCGAAACUCUCAAUGGGUUGGGAACACCGAGACCAUUAUUUGGAGAUAAGGCCAGAGACCACCCUUGGCCACCAGAUAGCAGCCCUACCAGCUUCUGUCCCUCCAAGGGGUCCUGCACUGAUCCCUGCUGCCCAGCCUCAUUGACCAUUGGGCCAAGGCAAGUGGGGCAGAAGAAGGGGUGGGGGCCUCUUAGGUGCCUAAGGAGCCCAGGUUGGGGGCAUAGCAGGCAUCAGCUAGGGUGAGGGGCAUGGGGGCAGCAGCCAGUGGGCCUGCCUGGCUCACGCUCAAUACAGGGGAAGGGGGAGGGAGUGGACGGCAAUCCACUCUAGAACAUGCAGUGGAGAAGCUGCUGGGCAGGGCAGCAGGGGCAGGUGAGGGGCCAGGUGAACUAGGCCCUUUUCCACCCUUCCUGAGACCCGCUGCCCGGGGUUUGUUGCCCUUGCUGCCCUGUGUAGUGAAGUUAAAUGUUCCAGGUGUACGUAGGUCCUCAAGUAGAAAGCAGAGACAUUAUCCCAGCCUGCUCUCGGCAGCCACCCUGAGAGCCCAGUCCACAGCUGAGGGGGCAGUAGGGUGCGGGGAGGGAGGGGGAGUUGUGGGGAACAAAGUCGCAGACGCAGGGGGUGCCCUCCAGGAAAGGAGUUGAAUCUGGAGGUCAGUGGGGGUGGGGAGGGUGGCAGGGCUGAAGUCUUGGAGCAGGAUUUCAGCCUGGCAGUGGGCCAUAGCCUCAAGGAGCAUCAGCCACUCAUGUGAAGGCACUGACCAAGGCUCCGAGUGGCCACCAGAGGAGCGAUUCCAGGGCUGAUGAAUGGGGGUGGGCACAGGGAUGGGGGACCUGGGGAAGCAGUGAUCAAACAUACCGCGAAAGCCUUCUGUGAGCAGGGUCCCAGGCAGAGUCUCGGAGGGAAUAAGCCUUCUGAGAAUUAUCUGAGCCCUGGGUAGAUCCACGGGUAGAUUUGGGAGAAGGGGCAGGAGCAAGCUCUGCUUGAGGUGUCUGUGCAGACCCCCAAAUUGGGGCAUGUGCUGGUCUGAUGGAGUCCAGAAGAACUAAAAUGAGACCCGUCCUGAGGAGAGAGCAGCUGGAGGGGACUGGAGUUGCUCCAUUUCAUCUGGGCACAGUGGUUCACACCUGUAAUCCCAGCACUUUGGGAGGCCAAGGUGGGUGGAUCACUUGAGGUCAGGAGUUUGAGACCAGCCUGGCCAACAUGGUGAAACCCUGUCUCUCCUAAAAAUACAAAAAUCAGCCGGGCGUGGUGGCACGUGCCUGUAAUCCCAGCUACUCAGGAGGCUGAGGCAGGAGAAUCCCUUGAACCUGGGAGGUGGAGGUUGCAGUGAGCUGAGAUUGUGCCACUGCACUCCAGCCUGAGGGACAAGAGCGAAAUUCCAUCCCCAAAAAAAGUCCCAUUUCAACCAUGUUAGUGCACAAUUCAGUGACUUUAAAUACACAAUGGCAUGCAACUGUCACCGCUGAGAGAGAAAAAGUUCUGGAACUUCUUCAUCACCCCAAAUGGGAACCCCACACCCCUCAGGCACUCCUCAUUCUCCCCUCCCCCAGCCCCUGCCCGCCACGCAUCUGCUCUCUGCCUCUGCAGAUCUGCCUGUUUGGGCUGUUUCAUGUAAGCAGAAUUAAUUGUACAAUAUGUGU